UUGAGGGCGUAACGGACGCUGGUCUCUGCUAGGAUGAUGGCUGCCCUAGCGGCCGGAGGCUACGCGCGGAGUGACACGGUAGAGAAGCUGCCCUCUGUUAUGGCGGGAGUUCCGGCGCGGAGAAACCAGUCCUCCCCGCCUCCUGCCCCACCGCUCUGCCUCCGGCGCCGGACACGACUCGCGGCGGCUCCUGAGGACACUGUGCAGAAUCGGGUGACGCUUGAGAAGGUGCUUGGCAUCACAGCUCAGAACAGCAGUGGGCUAACCUGUGACCCUGGCACAGGCCAUGUAGCCUACCUGGCAGGCUGUGUGGUGGUGAUCUUGAACCCCAAAGAGAACAAGCAGCAGCAUAUCUUCAACACGACCAGGAAGUCCCUGAGUGCUCUGGCCUUCUCCCCAGAUGGGAAAUACAUAGUGACAGGAGAGAACGGGCACAGGCCAGCCGUGCGCAUCUGGGAUGUGGAGGAAAAAACUCAGGUGGCGGAGAUGCUGGGCCACAAGUAUGGUGUGGCCUGCGUGGCUUUCUCACCCAAUAUGAAGCACAUCGUGUCCAUGGGCUACCAGCAUGACAUGGUCCUCAACGUUUGGGACUGGAAGAAAGACAUUGUGGUGGCUUCCAAUAAGGUGUCAUGUAGAGUCAUCGCCCUGUCCUUCUCUGAGGACAGCAGCUAUUUUGUCACCGUUGGGAAUCGACACGUGAGGUUUUGGUUCUUGGAAGUCUCCACUGAGGCAAAGGUGACUGGCACAGUGCCCCUGGUGGGGCGCUCAGGCAUCCUGGGCGAGCUGCACAACAACAUCUUCUGUGGUGUGGCCUGCGGCCGAGGCCAGAUGGCAGGCAAUACCUUCUGUGUAUCCUACUCUGGCCUCCUCUGCCAGUUCAAUGAGAAGAGGAUGUUGGAGAAGUGGAUCAACCUGAAGGUCUCCUUGUCUUCCUGCCUGUGUGUCAGUGAGGAGCUGAUCUUCUGUGGAUGCACAGACGGGAUAGUCCGCAUCUUCCAGGCCCACAGCCUGCAGUACCUUGCCAACCUGCCCAAGCCACACUACCUGGGAGUCGACGUGGCACAGGGCCUGGACUCCAGCUUCCUCUUCCACAGAAAAGCAGAAGCAGUCUACCCAGAUACCGUGGCACUGACCUUUGACCCCGUCCAUGAGUGGCUCUCAUGUGUCUAUAAGGACCACAGCAUCUAUAUUUGGGAUGUCAAGGACAUCAAUGAUGUCAACAAAAUGUGGUCAGAGCUCUUCCAUAGUUCCUUCGUCUGGAAUGUGGAGGUGUAUCCUGAGUUUGAAGAUCAGAGAGCUUGUCUGCCGUCCGGGUCUUUUCUGACUUGUUCCUCAGACAACACCAUCCGCUUCUGGAAUAUGGGUAGCAGCUCUGACGCUCAGUGGCAGAAAAACAUCUUCAGCGAUACCCUGCUGAAGGUGGUAUAUGUGGAUAAUGACAUUCAGCACCUGCAGGACACGUCUCACUUCCCAGACCGGGGCAAUGAGAAUGGGACACCCAUGGAUGUGAAAGCUGGGGUCCGAGUCAUGCAGGUCAGUCCUGAUGGCCAGCACUUGGCUUCAGGCGACCGCAGUGGAAAUCUGAGGGUCCACGAGCUGCACUUCAUGGACGAGCUGAUCAAGGUGGAGGCCCAUGAUGCUGAGGUGCUGAGCCUGGAGUACUCCAAGCCUGAGACAGGAGUAACUUUGCUGGCUUCAGCUAGUCGGGACCGGCUUAUCCAUGUGUUAAAUGUGGAGAAGAACUACACCCUGGAGCAGACCCUGGAUGACCACUCCUCCUCCAUCACAGCCAUUAAGUUUGCUGGCACCAGGGAUGUCCAGAUGAUCAGCUGUGGGGCCGACAAGAGCAUCUACUUUCGCAGUGCUCAGCAGACCUCGGAUGGGCUGCACUUUGUCCGUACCCACCAUGUAGCAGAGAAGACCACCUUGUAUGACAUGGAUAUUGACAUCACACAGAAGUAUGUGGCUGUGGCCUGCCAGGACCGCAAUGUGAGGGUCUACAACACAGUGAGUGGGAAACAGAAGAAGUGCUACAAGGGCUCCCAGGGAGAUGACGGGUCCCUGCUGAAGGUCCAUGUGGACCCCUCAGGCACCUUCCUGGCUACCAGCUGCUCUGAUAAAAGCAUCUCGGUGAUUGACUUUUACUCGGGAGAGUGUGUUGCCAAGAUGUUCGGCCAUUCAGAAAUCGUCACGGGCAUGAAGUUCACCUAUGACUGCCGUCACUUGAUCACAGUGUCUGGAGACAGCUGCGUGUUCAUCUGGCACCUGGGCCCGGAGAUCACCAACUGUAUGAAGCAGCACUUGCUGGAGAUCAAUCACCAGGAGCAGCAGCGGCAGCCCAAGCUCCAGAAGUGGAGCGUUCCACCCAGCCAGGAGACAUAUGUAUCUACACCGAGCGAGAUCUGCUCCCUGAGCCCUGGAGAGCAGACAGAGGUUGAGAUGGAGGAGGAGUGUGACCCGGAAGAGUCACUGAAAACACCAUCCAAAGAGAGCUUGGACCCAGAUCCUCAGUGCCUGCUGACCAAUGGCAAGCUGCCACUCUGGGCAAAGCGGCUGCUAGGGGAUGAUGAUGUGGCAGACAGCUCAGCUCUCCGUGCCAGUGCCAAGCGCAGCUACCAGCCACAUGGCCGUUGGGCAGAGCGGGCUGAGCAGGAGCCCCUCAAGACCAUCCUGGACACCUGGGACCUGGAUUCCUACUUUACACCUAUGAAGUCUGAGAAUUCAGAGGACUCGGUUCUGGAUUCAUUGGAGCCACAGAACCUGUCAGGCCUGCUGAGUGAGUCAGAGAGUCCCCAGGAGGACCGCCGAGGACAUCCCUCCUUCCUGCCUCUACAGAGGGAAUCCACUGAGACAAGAGAACUCAUCAUCUGCUCCCCAGAGGCAGAAAUGACAGUCACAGGGAUGCACAGUGAGUACUACGAGAAGGAGGCCGAAGCAGGACCUGAAGAGCCCCAAGGCGACUCCUAUCUCAGGGUCUCCUCCGUCAGCCCAAAGGAUCAGAGCCCACCUGAGGACUCCGGGGAGUCGGAGGCUGAAUUGGAGUGCAGCUUCGCCGAUGCCCAUUUUUCAGCUUCACAGACUGACUCUGGUCCUCGCCUCACCAUGACAAUGCUCCAUGAACCAGAGCACCCAAGUAUAGAAGAGCUUUCCCAGCCUGAAGUGCCGGGCCUGGCCAGUGGCUCCUUACCCCAGACCCCUGAGCAGGAGAAGUUCCUCCGCCACCACUUUGAGACACUUACUGACAGCCCUACUGAAGAGCUCUUUCAUGGAUCAGUGGCAGACAUAAAGAUCUCAGAGACUGAUGACCAUUUCUUCAAUCCCCGGCUGAGUAUCUCCACCAAGUUUCUCUCACGCCUCCAGAAGACCUCCAGGCUCCCUCCUCAGCUGCCCCUUAUGAAGUCUCCAGAGGUCAAGCCUACAGGCCAGGGGGGCAGCCAGCCCAGAGCAGGGUCCCUGAGAGCAGGUACUGGCUACAUGUCUGCAGAUGGGACCAGUGUCCUCUCUGGGCCGAAGGCUGAGGAGACCCCAGAGGCCUCGUGUUUACCAAGCCUGGCGUCCUGUGUGCCUUCUUCCAUGCCACCCACAGACAGAAAGCCUCCAGCACCCACGUCUGUACCUACCCCAGUCCUGGAUCAGAGUAUCUGUGCCCUCUCUACAUGUUCUUACCUGGAGACGACCACUAGCUCACAUGCCGAGAUACCACGUCGCAUCUCUCUUGGGGACAGUGAGGGCCCUGUGGCAGCUGAGCUAUCCAGGUCACUUCACAAACCCUUAUCCUUGGGAGAACUGGCUUCCUUGGACCAGGAACCCCAGGCUGUCCCCACCACAGUGACGCUCACUUCUAGCGUCGGAGGUCAAGAGCCUGCCGUGCCUUCCUGGGGCAACCAUGAGGCCCGAGCCAGCCUGAAACUGUCCUUAUCCAGCGUCUGUGGCCAGCUCCUCGCCUCACCCCCGCUGGAGCCACCCAGCACAUGUGUGAGGUCUCAGGAACCUGUGGAUGUCCAGCCUGGUAUGGCGGUCACUGUAGCCAGCUUCCGAGCACCCAGCCCUGUAGAUGUGAGCACCCUGAGACUCCACAGCUCUGUGUUUCUCCCAAAGACCUCUGCUUCUGGGCCCCUCACCCCUCCUGGCCAUCCCAACAACCUCCAACUUCUAGAGACCAGGUCUAGGCUGCCUGGUAGCACCAGUGCUCUCCUGGAGCCCACCCCCGGUACACCAAGUGGGAUCCCAGGAAGCCCUGGACACUGCGGGGAGCCUGGGCUACCUGCUGAGGUCCUGCCCCCACCACUCCCCGAGCUGGGCACUGUAGGAUCCGUCUUGCACAGGCUGCAGACUGCCUUUCAAGAAGCCCUUGACAUUCACCGAAUGUUGGUCUCCAGCAACCAGCUGGGUGCUGAGCAUCAGCAGGCACAGAGUGAGCUGGCCUCCACCUUCCACUGGAUCCACAGCCAGCUGGAAGCCAACAACUGGAUGGCUGCAGCUAACUCGGCUCCACCCCAAACACUGCCUAGCCCAGCUCUGCCAUCCCCACCUACGCUAUGUCCCCUGGCCAGCCCAAACCUGCAGGCCCUGCUGGAGCACUACUCUGAGCUGCUGGUGCAGGCUGUGAGGAGGAAGGCAAGGGGUGACUGAGAACCACAACCCCUCUACCAAACCCCUGCUGCACUGGAGAAAUAGAUUUUUAUGCAAAUAA